UAUCUGUGGUGGAACUUGAAGGCAACGUUCGUCCAUUUUGCCUUUAACUUGCGCCUGCGCAGUCCUGCGCGUCUGACCUUCAUAGGACUAACCAUGUUCGCCAGGACCAGCGCGUUCGUGUUCUCCCCACAAUGUGGGCAGGUCAGGAACAUGGCUACCUUGAAGGACAUCACCAUUCGGUUGAAGUCCAUCAAGAACAUCCAGAAAAUCACAAAGUCCAUGAAAAUGGUGGCUGCUGCCAAAUAUGCUCGCGCUGAGAAGCAGCUAAAGCCAGCCCGAAUUUAUGGCACUGGUGCUCUGGCUCUGUAUGAGAAGGCUGACAUCAAAGUGCCUGAGGAGAAGGCUGCAAAGCAUUUGAUUGUUGGUGUGACUUCUGACCGUGGACUCUGUGGUGCCAUCCACUCUGGUGUGGCCAAGGCCAUCAAGAGUGAGAUUGCUAACCUGACUGGAUCUGGCAAGGAGGUGAUGGUGAUUAAUGUGGGGGACAAGCUGAGAGGUCUGCUGCACAGGACUCAUGGAAAACACAUCAUACUCAACUGUAAGGAAGUAGGUCGCAAGCCCCCCAGCUUUGGUGAUGCUUCCAUCAUUGCCACUGAGCUGCUCAACUCUGGAUACGAGUUUGACCAGGGCUCUGUUAUUUUCAACAGAUUCAGGUCCGUUAUUUCAUACAAGACGGACCAGAAGCCUGUGUUUUCCACAGACACUGUUUCUAACUCAGAGAACAUGAGCAUUUAUGAUGACAUUGAUGCUGAUGUGCUGAGGAACUACCAGGAGUUUGCUCUUGUCAACAUACUCUACCUGGCUCUGAAGGAGUCCUCCACCAGCGAGCAGAGUGCCAGGAUGACUGCUAUGGACAGCGCCAGCAAGAAUGCCUCGGAGAUGAUUGACAAGCUGACCCUCACAUUCAACCGUACCAGACAGGCUGUCAUUACCAAGGAGCUCAUUGAGAUCAUCUCUGGAGCUGCUGCUCUAUAAAAGGGGCGAGAUCAUCAUUUCCUUUGCCCAUAGCUCUUCAAAGUCCUACAGACACAGGCUGAGAGUCUAAUGAACAUUUGUGCUUCUAUUUGUAAAAUAUAUGAUGAAAAUAAACCUCUUACACACAACUAUGA